GAAUGAGAAUGUAUGAGAGAGGGAGAGUCAAAAUAGAGCUCUUCUUCUUCUUCUUCUUUGUUGUGUGUUGAUUAAUUCUCACUCACCAUUUUUUCAUUCUCCCGUUUUGUUAUCUUUCACAAUUUCUCUUCUCUUAUAAUAACAAUAACAAACCAUCAAUUCUUUCUAUAAUUCCUGAUCCGGAAUCCGUGCCAGCCAGCCAGACUAUCCUCCAACACAACAUAUUAACUGAAUAGGAGGAGAGGAGGUACUUGACAGCAGCCAGCCCACUCGAAAUGGAUCAGAAUGCUGCUAUGGAGGAGGGGAAGGUUUUGAAAAAUGGCCUUGAAUUGGUGAAAUCAGUUUCGGAUAAGCAUCUUGAUCUUUUGAGGCCAUCGUCUCGCUUAUUUUCAAUAUUUAAAGGGCAUACAUCAAAUAACAACGAUCGUGAGAAAGGAAAGUAUGCACUUAUUAAGGACAGCGAUGACUUCCAACAAGGACUUUAUGACAAGCCCCUUCCUUGUUUCGGCUGUGGAAUAGGAUGGUUUUCCUUCUUAACAGGCUUUGCAUGCCCUUUGAUGUGGUACUAUGCCACAUUUCUCUAUUUAGGCAAUUAUUAUCGAAAAGAUCCCAGGGAACGUGCAGGUCUUGCUGCUUCUGCAAUUGCUGCAAUGGGGUGUUCUCUUAUCUUGUUUAUUGUAGCAAUGAUCCUACUCUUCUAGCUGAUAUACAACUAUACAAGCAAGAUGAUCUUUUGACAUUCACUGAUUCACUUGAUUGAAGUAGUACUACAGCAGCUUGUAGAUACAAAUACAAGUCUUGAUGAACAUGAAAAUAGUAUAAAAUUGUGUUAUCGACACAUCAUGUAUACCGACUCAACUGUACAAUAUCUUGAGAAGUGUUUCCUACAAGUACUUUUGUACACAGGAUUCUUACAAACGUUUCUGUCCCAGUGAACUAAAACCUUAUGUUGGCCCUUAGCAAUUUGGUACCAAAUGCUUUAAGCGUUUGCUAUUGGAGAUGUACAUUUGCUACUGGAAUUUCUACACGUAAAUUAUCCAGAUUUUAAGCAA